UGACGACUACUGCCGCACCGUCCUUCCACGUAGCAAGUUAGAAUGUAACGCCAGUUUGCCAACGGUAUGCUCAGUUGAAGGCAGUUCGCGUUCUUGUAUUAUAGUUUGUUGCGGCAGUGGAUCAUAAGCGCAUUUCACUUCAUUCGAUCUCAUCCUAACGGACAAACUCUCGCUGUGUCUUUUUAAGACCGAUUUCACUGUGAGAUUCUAGCUUACUUAAUCCAUUUAAAAUGAAAUACUUCGGUUUAUUUAUUCUUCUGGUUGUACCGGCGCUGCUCUCGUUCGUCAAUCACGGAGCUGCAUAUGCACAGGAUGAGGAAAUUGGUGAUGACAUAAAUGAUGUUGACGGAGAAGAGGCUAGCGUUCUGUCCGAGGAUGAACUGGAAGAGGAAACAGUAACCGCAUCUGCAGAUGCAGAUACAACGAUUCUCUUUACUAAACCGAUCCAUCAGGCGUUAUCCACCCUUGAAUUGCCAGCUGGUAAUUGGGUCGAGAUUCUGGUUGGUUUCAUGAACAAGGGAAAAACUGACUUUAUCCUAGAAACGUUAGAUGCAUCUUUCCGUUAUUCGAUGGAUUUCAAUUUCUACAUACAGAAUUUCUCAACUCUUGCUGUGAACAAAGUUGUAAAGCCUAAUCACGAAGCCACAUUGGCAUAUUCGUUCAUCCCGUCUGAAACAUUUGCAGGACGUCCAUUUGGACUGAACGUCAAUCUUAAUUACAGAGACGCAAAUGGUUUGACCUUCAGCGAAGCUGUGUUUAAUGAAACUGUCCAAGUCGUCGAGUUGGACGAAGGUCUCGACGGUGAAACGGUAUUUUUGUACGUUUUCCUCGCUGCUUGUGUCAUCCUGACUCUUGUUUGUGGCCAGCAACUGCUGUCUUCUCUUGGACGAAAAUCCCGAUCCUCCUCGUCGAGGAAAGCACCCGUCGAAAUGGGCACUUCCAAUCCUAAUAACGUUGAUUUUGAUUGGUUACCAAAAGAUACGCUCAACAGACUCAACAAAUCGCCCAGAACGCCAAAACAAAGUCCCAGACAGAGGAAAGCCAAGAGAUCAGUAGGCUCAGACGACUGAAAUGUGUUUAUAUACAAUUAUUUAUAGGACUUAUUUAAGAGAGUGAAGCGAAUGUGAGUGACAGAGGUGAAUUAAUCGUGAGAGAACGUACAUUAUAGAUUAAACCUUUUUUUUAAUUACGAUUAUGAAAUACUCUAAGCUCUCAAAAACGUUUGUAUCUACAAAAAAAAAUUAAUUGAAUUAAAUGUUUUUGACAAAA